GUACCGGUGAAGGCACUUGGGCGGAGAAGGAAGCAAAGCAUCGCGCCUGAGAGUUGAUCGCAGUCUGAAGCUUUCGCGUUACAUGUGCGCACUCGGCACAACUCACUCCAGUGUUCAGGCUCGUGCAAACUUUCCCCGCUUUUAGAAUGGCAGAGCCGGCGAACAGCGAUGGAGAGGAGAGGAGCACACCCAUGAGGGGUUUUGCCCGGCAAGGCGCCCUGAGACAGAAGAAUGUUCACGAAGUCAAGAACCACAAGUUUAUCGCUCGCUUCUUCAAGCAGCCUACUUUCUGCAGCCAUUGCACGGACUUUAUCUGGGGUUUUGGGAAACAAGGAUUUCAAUGUCAAGUCUGCUGCUUUGUGGUGCACAAGCGUUGCCAUGAAUUCGUCACCUUCUCCUGCCCGGGAGCAGAUAAGGGUCCCGCAUCAGAUGACCCGCGCAGUAAGCACAAGUUCAAGGUCCACACAUACUCCAGUCCGACCUUCUGUGACCACUGUGGCUCUCUGCUGUACGGCCUCAUCCACCAGGGCAUGAGAUGUGACCACUGCAUGAUGAACAUCCACAAGCGCUGUGUGGCCAACGUGCCGAGUCUGUGUGGGACUGACCAUACCGAGAGGAGGGGCCGCAUCCAAAUCACUGCAGAGAUCAAGAACAAUGUGCUCACCGUCAGCAUUAAAGAGGCAAAGAACCUGGUACCCAUGGACCCCAAUGGCCUCUCUGAUCCCUAUGUCAAACUAAAACUCAUCCCUGACCCCAAGAGCGAGAGCAAACAGAAGACCAAGACCAUCAAGUGCUGCCUGAAUCCCACGUGGAACGAGACCUUCACAUUUAAUCUGAAGGAGUCUGACAAGGACCGCAGGCUGUCUGUGGAGAUCUGGGACUGGGACUUGACCAGCCGGAACGACUUUAUGGGCUCUCUUUCUUUUGGCAUCUCAGAGCUUCAGAAGCAAGGAGUGGACGGAUGGUUUAAGCUGCUCAGUCAGGAAGAGGGCGAGUACUUCAAUGUACCUGUCCCACCUGAGGGAGAAGAGGGCAACGAGGAACUCCGACAGAAGUUUGAGAGAGCUAAAAUCGGUCCAAGCAAAACAGAUGGCUCCUCCUCCAACGCCAUCUCCAAAUUCGACAGCAAUGGCAACCGGGACCGCAUGAAACUGUCCGACUUCAAUUUCCUCAUGGUUCUAGGGAAGGGUAGCUUUGGAAAGGUUAUGUUGGCCGAGAGGAAGGGAGCAGAUGAGCUGUUUGCCAUAAAGAUCCUGAAGAAGGACGUGGUGAUCCAGGAUGAUGAUGUCGAGUGCACUAUGGUGGAGAAGAGAGUGCUGGCUUUGUCAGGAAAACCUCCGUUCCUUACUCAGCUGCACUCCUGCUUUCAAACAAUGGACCGCCUGUACUUUGUCAUGGAAUACAUCAACGGUGGAGAUCUCAUGUACCAUAUCCAGCAGGUCGGCAAGUUUAAGGAGCCCCAUGCUGUGUUUUAUGCUGCAGAAAUUGCCAUAGGCCUGUUCUUCCUGCAUUCAAAGGGUGUUAUUUACAGAGAUCUGAAGUUGGAUAAUGUCAUGCUGGAUGCAGAGGGUCAUAUCAAAAUUGCUGACUUUGGCAUGUGCAAGGAGAACAUGCUUGAUGGAGUCACCACCAAAACCUUUUGUGGGACCCCUGACUACAUCGCCCCUGAGAUCAUCGCCUACCAGCCGUAUGGAAAGUCAGUGGACUGGUGGGCUUUUGGAGUUUUGCUGUAUGAGAUGCUGGCUGGGCAGCCUCCGUUUGAUGGCGAGGAUGAGGAUGAGCUAUUUCAGUCUAUCAUGGAGCACCAUGUUUCCUAUCCCAAAUCCAUGUCCAAGGAGGCUGUGGCCAUCUGUAAAGGGCUGAUGACCAAACACCCAGGCAAGCGUCUGGGCUGUGGUCCGGAAGGUGAGCGAGACAUCAGGGAACAUGGCUUCUUCCGUUACAUGGACUGGGAGAAGCUGGAGCACAGGGAAGUUCAGCCACCAUUUAAACCAAAAGCCCGGAACAGCCGAGAUACCUGCAACUUCGACCGGGAGUUCACAAAAAUGGCCGUGGAGCUCACGCCCACCGACAAGCUGUUUAUCAUGAAUCUAGACCAGGACGAGUUCCUGGGCUUCUCCUACACCAACCCGGAGUACGAGGCUCCUGCUCAGGGUUAAUCGAGCAAGCAUACUGGAGACUGCUGGCCAUGUAUCUCUCUGUCUGCCUGUAUGUGUGUGACAUGUAUGCUCAGGGUCGUGAAAGCUCACUCAUAUUACUGUAACAGGAUUUAACCAAAGGGCUCAGGUGGACCACCUCAGUAUACAGCUGUGCGGUAUCCGACGCAUUUCCAAAGGGGGCCAGAAGUCAGUCUCAGCGUAAUGUUUCCCUCUUCCUGGCAUUCACACAGAGCCGGUAGCCCUCCAGCUUUUUUGAGACUGCAUUGUUGGUGUUUAUACGACGGUAAACGCGGCCUAUGCAACAAACGAGGAACAAACCCCGAGUGAGCAAUUUGAAAAACAACAAUGCCGCCUUCAAUUAUUUAUUUGCGCUUCAUUAUUUUCCCCCCGUUUGGUUUCUAUUUGAGCUGAGCUAAUGUUUAAUUCACUGGCUUAAACCCAUUAUACCAAAAUAUUAUUACCUCCCACACAUGACUUGAGCCGGCGCUCCUGUACGCAGCCUGAAUCCCUGGCAGAAGUGUCCUCACUAUUGUGACAUUCAGGGAGAGGGAAUGAGAAAGACGACAAAGAAAAAAGGUCAUUAUCAUUCAUAACUCUGUAUUUCAGGAAGGAUUCAUAUCACUGGGUUUGGGAAGAGUGGAGAUUUGUAGAGCUACUAGUUCAUAUUCCAGUAUCCUUCAAGAUGAGGAUUAGAAACAGUCGGAUAGAUCAAACGCAGUCGACGCCGUCGUGCAAUACAGAAUUCUAAUAGUACAUAACUGUGUAUCUAUGCACCUUGUAGGAAACACAAUGUGCCAUUUCUUUUUUUUUUUCCAAAGGACUUCGUCGUCCCUGUGAUUUCAAAUGCUUAAUUUGCAUGAUUGCAAUAGUUUGUUUAUCCUCUAGGCAUAAUACUUUCGGACGUAUCUAUCAUUCAAGCGGAAAAAAAAAAAGACUUCAGACGUGAGGUUUUCAAUCACAGAACAAUCAUACAUGCGUUUCUGAAUGCUUGGUCUAGACCGGUCGUAUAUAGCAAUGUGAUUCGAGUCCGCCACCUAUGUGCACUCAUAGGCUUUGUGUAUAUAAUGUAACUAUAAGCACUUUCUGAAAUGACAUGUAUUUCUUAGCACAGUAAAAAGAUAAAGGCGUAAGGUUUUUGCAUGUUCAGAUGUAUUAUCACUACACAUUUUAAUGGCUUGUAAUUUGUCCCUGGCAUCAUUUUGUUUUCUAGUACUCAUGCAUCUCAAAGUUACCUGGUGAAACCUCUAAUGAAAAUGACUUUGAGAUUAGAUAAACAUAAAUCGAUAGCCUUCUCUCUCCUGAAUAAGCGGCGCUGGAUUGAUCCGUUCUGCCCGUUCUUGUACAGAUCCUAACCUCUUAGUGCUGUGUGAGUGUGUGUAUGUAUGUGUGUGUAUAUAGCGGUGCUGUCUCUGUGAGGUGAAUAGUCGCAGUGUUUUGGCUAGCCUUCGUUUUACACCCGCCGUGUGGCCACCGGUAGUGCUAUCCCAUAAUGCUGCACGAGACCCAGUCCAUGCUCCGUCGAACGUUAAGCCGGCGAGUAUUGAUCGGACAAUUAUCAAAAAGAGAAAUAAAAGGCGUAUAUCAGUUGACACUUUAGAGCGUGGGGUGAGCGCAAGGUGAUUUAGAGGGAAAAUUUAGCAGGCUUAAAGGCACACAGUGUCUGGUUAAUUGCCAACCGAACAGUUUAUGUUCGUCUCGGAGGUCAGGCUCCAGGGAUAAAGGAUUGCGAAGUCUCUGAAGCCACAAACACAUAGAUACAGGAUGAGAUGCUAGGUAAAGUGUUAAUGCUAUAACUUCUUGAUGUAUUUAUGAGAGAAUAUGUAAUUUGUUCUA